AUCGCGGGUCAAUGUACCGAUAGGAUCAGCGAUUUAUUUGGAGCGUGCCGCAGAAAAGUAGCAACAUUAUGAAGUGGACCGCGGGAGUAUUGUUGGUGUUUGUGAUGAGUAGUUUUUGUGGCAGGAGCAGAGCCGCAGAUGAAGAAAAGGAAUCGGUCAACCAGCUGCCCACGGAUGACAACAUAACUUCGUUCGAUUCAUAUUUGGGUGCUUACAACAAAAAAUAUCUCAUCAAGUAUCGAAUCGAGCGGAGGAGGAUUGCUUUCGAAAGAAAUUUGGAGGAGAUAGCGAGUCACAACAAGGAGUUUGUGGAAGGCAAGAGUCAGUUCCAAAUGGGGGUGAACAGUUUUGCUGAUCUGGACAACGAACUGUACAAGAAGCGGAUGGUUCGUAUGAGGGAAACUAACCAUCGCAAGAUGGACGUUAGCGUCAACGAUGAGAUGGUUGGUGCUGCGAACACCCCAACAAAUAUGCCCCAGAGUUUGGACUGGCGCGAAAAGGGAUUCAGGACGGACCCGGCGAACCAGAAGACUUGCGGUUCCUGCUACGCUUUUAGCGUGUCUUACGCAAUCAGUGCCCAGAUAAUGCAACGCAUCGGUCGGAUCGAGUACGUUAGUAAGCAGCAGUUGGUAGACUGUUCGGUGGAAACUGGUAAUCAGGGAUGUGCUGGUGGGUCACUGAGGUACACUCUUAAAUACCUCGAGCAAUGCGGCGGUAUCAUGAGAGAUGUGGAUUAUCCAUACACAUCUGCGGUGAGUAUCAAUUGAGAUAUAUUUUUCAACGUUGAAAUUGCCAAUCACCAGUCACUCUCCGGAAGAAUAGCAAACCAGCCCACGGAAAGGUAAAUUAGUUCAAAUAAUAUUCAUCACUCAUUUCCUGGCAAAAUAAAUGUUCACAACCAAACACAACCCAGAAAAGCACGAAUUUGUUCCAGCUGACGGGAUUACACCUCAUUAGGGGGGUGGAAGCAACAAUUUGUGACAUGCAAAGCGACGGCAAAUCAAAGCAGCAGUUCGUGUAGUUCACACUUCACCUCUCCCAGGUAAGAGCGCUCAAGCUACAAGCAACACAGAACGAGCAACUUUUUCGUGCCGGGAAAGCAUUCCGCACGCCCCAAAGAGAGAGAGAGAGACAGAUACUCUGGUAGCCUUGAUGAACCAGAAGAAGCCAAAGGAAGGAAAUUUUUGGAAUUUGAGCCAUACGUAAAAGUUUUCCACUUCCCGUGCUAAAGAGUUAUUUCCAUGCUGCAGCCCGAAAGUGGCAACAAAGCGGAGGGGUUAAAGUGAUUAUUCUUUUUGCCACAUUUACCGGCUUUAUGGACAAAACUUUAUUUUUCUGUCGCACAAAACACUGCUUCUAUAAAUAGUUUCUUCAUCGUGGUUUGAUUUGUGAUUUUAACAUGGCUAUUGCUGAUACAAAAUUAUCGUAAUGAAACUAGAACAUAAUUAUAGGAAACAUUUCAGGGGAAUAGAGCCCGUAGGGGUAGUGGGGGGAAAGUGGUCACCUGCUUGUUUGGUACACUCUGACCAGGUGAUGAUCUUGCUACUUUGUGCCAUUGUGAACAAACAAUGCUUCAAUUUAUAUUCUAGUGUGUAGGUAUUGAUGAUUACCAUACACUGCAUGAUUUUCAUGUGUUUGUGUGCAAGCGCUGAGAGUAAACGAAUGUUUUAGUAUUUUCAACUGUCAAGUUUCUAUAAGACCAGUUACAUUUUCCGUUGUUUUAGUUGUUUUGAUCAAUUAAAUCUGGAAAAUAUCGAAGGGAAAAGUCCUCACGGAGAAAGAAGGGAGACAAAUCGAUGCGUUUCACGUUUCAAGUAGUGCUCAAUAAUUUGGCGAAUCCUCAAGGAUAUGGUAAGAAGAAGAGAGCUCCACGUAAAUCGAACGGGAUAAGCGGGAAAUAGCUACAACAGGUUCGAAAAUCUCACAAUAGCAUGUGCAAAUAAAGUAAUAUUUCAACGACUUAAAUGCUCUGGUGACAAUAUAUCAAAUUUUGGUAAAAAAUCCUCACAUAAAGAGGGCUUAAAAGGUUGAAACUCUUUAUCUUACACCAUCUCACCUCGGAAGACGUCUGAGUUUUGCCCAAGCUCACAUGAACCGACAGUGGGACAUGGUAUGUUGUGACAAAAAAUGUUUCCAAAAGAAUACAUUUUGCUAUAUACCAUAACGAAGAGUUCUUCAAUGUGGAAAAAUAUCGAGAAAUCCGUUCAGCAGAAUUUUGUAAACUGUAUUCCAACACGAAUUAUAAGGUUAUUAGUCGAAAUGGCAAGGUUACCAAUUAUUGACAUGUAAAUAAGCUUAUCGCUUUGAAACUGGACAGUUGAAAUUAUCAUAUUUAAGUAAAAUAAAUAAACAAACAUAUCUUUUGAAAGGAAUUGAGGUUAAAUAUACUUUAUGCUAAGCAGUCUACAAUGUAUGAAUGUAUCUUGUUGAAAUCCUAACUAUUUGUGUUGCAACGAAAUAGAAUCAGGGUGGUCUUAUAGAAAUUGGACAGAGUGUAGUAUAACUAUUGACUAUUGACACCGUAUUGAUAGUCAUCUUAUGUUUUGAUAAUUUUAUGACUUUCGAGUCACCCUGUACUUAAGUGGAGCUGUCGCAUGUCAACAUAUAAAUUUUAAAAAAAUCGCUCUUUCGGUAGACAUUUGGCCGAAGUUUUGUGCGUUUUGAAUUUAAGGAAUUUCUAGUGAAAUUUAGUUUAUUGGACCUGAUAUUUUCGACAAAUCAACAGUUUGGACGACUGCUCACAUAUUCUAGGAGAGGUGAACAGAAAUUUUGUUCAAUUUCAGCGAUUAUUUCGCCUAUUUCGCAUUUCGUUGUUUGAGGGGCAAAGUGGUCAGUGGAGGAUUACUACUGAGAAUGUUCUGCUUUCAAUGGCUGAUAUACCUUUUCACCUUCUGCUCUUAUGCGGAUCCCUUUUGUGGUUUUGACCCAGGAAAAAUAUGCCACCCCAACCAAAACCAAGCCUCAUUAUGAAAAACGUUAUGUGUUUCCUGCUACGUUUUUGUACAUAUGAGAAAAUUUCAAUUACGACUCUAGGUGAAUAGGCCUAGCUCAUUUCAUACAUGUACCUACUAUUUAAUUAAUGAUUUAAACAAAUUUGGUCAAAAA